UGGUUUGUAUGUCACGGGAGAGAAGAAGCUAGGAUUCGCUCGAGCACAUGGGGUCGCUGGUGGUUGCUUUCCCGCGCCCUCCCCUCAACGCCGCGGCGUCCUGCGACCCUCCCCGCCAGCGGUCGCCUCCCCGCACCCUCCCCGCAACGCCGCGGUGUCCUGUGACCCUCCCCGUCGGUGGUCGCCUUCCCACGCCCUCCACGCCCCGGCGCCGCGUCCUGCGCCCCUCCCCGCCGGCGGCUGCCUCUCCGCGCCCUCCACUCCCCGGCGCCAAGUCCUGUGCCCCUCCCGGUGGUCAGCAUACUUUGAUUAGUGUGGGCAUUGGAUGAAGCUUGUAUUGAUCUAUGGAGGGGUGUGGCUCGCAAGAUGCUAUGGAGAACAAAAGUGAUGACAACGACUUUGAUAAGAACGCCAAUUCUGAUCCUGUUGUUUACCAGCUAGUUCGGGUUGAAGGUGAUGGAACGCUUGUUCCUGCUACAGAGGAUGAGGUCUUGCAAUUCGAAAGUUUCCUUCAUGAUGAGAAGGUUGAUCUGCCUUCUAUUGAAGAUGUAUCACAUGUGGAGGAAUACUUUACUAAUGAUUGCAUAAAGCCUGAUUUUGGAGAGGGGCCUUCCAAAUUAGAAACUGCUGAUGUACAGGUACACAUGUUAGAUGUCGCCCUAGAGGAUGACAGGCUACAUACACCAGAUGAUUCAGUAGUUCUUCCUUCGAACUGUUCAGCUGUUCAUGACCAGGAGCUGGAUAAACUGAACACAGAACAAGGGGGUAAUAACACUGCCCAACAGGACAAUGUUUCAACAGAGACUACAAAAUCAACAGUAUUAAAUGACCUUUCUUCUGAUAAAGAAAAGGCUGAUGCCUGCUCAGAACCUGUAAAUAACACAUCCGCAUGUCAAUCUGUUUCUGGGUUUACUAGUUCAGUGCCUGAUUUUUCCAUUUUAAGGGGAGAAGUUUGCUUGGAUAAUCUUACAAUUAGGGAACUUCAGGAAGCAUUUAGAGCCACAUUUGGGCGCCAAACUACUGUCAAGGACAAGCUAUGGCUCAAAAGACGUAUUGCAAUGGGGUUGACCAAUUCGUGCGAUGUUCCAAGUUCAGGUUGUGUUGUUAAGGAUUAUAAAGUUAUCGGCAUGGGUUCCAAACAAGAAAUAGCAGCUGUUGAAGGAAUACCAAAGAUGGAGCUCGAGGCUACUCUGGUUAGGGACCAAGUCUUGAACCCAGGACAUCAGAGAGAUUUACCAUCAAGUUUUCCCUAUCAUAGUGAGGAGCAACAGAGAUCGUCCAAGAGGCUCAAAAGAGUACCAACAGAUAAUGACGAGCCACAAGUAACUAUUUUCACUGGACAAGGAACCACCAAGAGAAUUAGGAAGCCAACAAAAAGAUACAUCGAAGAGCUCUCAGAUAUUGAGACUAAUGAGCCCACCGGGAGAUUUUUUUCACCUAGAAAAAGACCUGUAUAUGAUGAGGUGUUGUUGAGACCACGGGAAGCACCUUUUCAUGAGGUUGGUUCAUUGGGCACAACCUACCCUACUAGAAGGGAUACUCUUGGAGGGUGUAGUGUGCAUGUACCAUAUGUUUCAAGGAUGAGAAGAGGGCGCCCAAGGAGUAACUUCAUUCCAUUAUGGGAUCUUGAGCCUUCUGUGGAAUGUACUGAGGUCCCCAUUGCAGAUGCAGUGAAUUUGGAAAAGGAAGGUGAAUGGGGGAACCAUAAGAACACCAAGCGGGAAGGAGAACAUGUAGAGGCAGCCGAUAGUAAGAAGGUUCAGGGUCAACAGGCCAAAGAUUUUGCCAACGCUGAUGUCAAUCCCAAAAUACAACGGGGUGGGAAGCGGAAGCAUCAUCGAGCAUGGACAUUGAGCGAGGUUGUGAAGCUGGUUGAUGGUGUGGCUCGAUAUGGGGCUGGUAAAUGGUCCGAGAUUAGAAGAUUAGCCUUCUCCUCGUAUUCAUACCGCACCUCAGUGGAUCUUAAGGACAAGUGGCGGAAUCUGAUCAGGGCCAGCCAGACACAGCUUUCUACUGAAAACGAUGGUGUUUGUCCACGGAAGAGCAACCCUUCUACCAUACCAAUACCACCGUCCAUUCUGCUACGAGUAAAAGAACUGGCUGACAUGCAGCCUCAGGUUGGCGAUUUGAGGGUACCGGUCAAGUUUUCAGGGAAGAGCAGUAUGGUUGUACAGGGGAAAGGUUCGGGUUUUUUGUGAGCCACGUGUUGCGUGCAAUAGAGGGGGAAACGACUGAGAUAGAUGUACGCUUUUGGACGCCUAUGAAUACAACACUCGUUACAGAAAAGUUUGUGAUCGCGACUCGCGUUCUUGU